AUGUGCGGUCGUCGAUGUCUGCAUCAGAAAUUAUGCAGUGCUAUCAAUAACAAUCCAGUACAGUUGUAUUGUGAGCUAUUACAUGAAACACUUAAGGACAGGAAAGUAUCCUCAGUUCCAGACUUUAAAUAUUCAACAAUUGAUACGUGGUCUUCGAGUAACGAUCCAUGUUACCCAAACCCAUGUCCAGGAUACGAAAAAUGUUUCAAAACACAAAUUGAUGGAUAUUACUGCCAGAAUGUGGCUCCACGCCCACAAGAUUGUACUGACCUUCAAACAGCUGGUGUUCCUAGUGGUGUUUACAAUAUUUACAUCAAUGGUGGAAUGAAUGUAUCAGUUUACUGUGAUAUGGUGAUAGACAAUGGAGGGUGGCUUGUGUUUCAAAAUAGGUACGAUGGUAGUAUUGAAUUUCAAGUUAAUCGAACAUGGUCAGAUUACAGAAAUGGAUUCGGCUUAUAUUCAUCAGAGUAUUGGCUAGGUCUUGAAUACAUCUACUUACUGACCAGAUUUGACCUGUACAUGCUAAGAGUUGACCUUAAAACCAGUGGUGGAUGGUCGCUGUACGCUACGUAUUCAAUUUUCAAACUCAAUAAUGAAGCUGAUCAAUACAGGAUGACUAUCAAUAGGUAUAAAGGAACUGCAGGAGAUCUAGAAGGUAAAACUGGUAUGAUGUUCACCAAUGGAACUAUAUUCAGAUAUCCUGGAUAUGACGACUUUCGUUGGUAUGAUCAGACGGGAGGAUGGUGGUACAGCUUGUAUACUAGAGUGUACUUAAAUGGUAAUUAUAUGCCUGGUGUCAAGGACUACAGUUCAAUGAUAUGGUAUGGCUACCAGAAUAACACAGCUGGGAUGAAGGCAACUUCUAUGAAAAUCAAAAGGAAGUAA